CCGUGGGCGGCCCCGCGGCCCGGUGGGAGAAGAGCGGUUCCCCCCGGGGGCAAGGGCGGCUCUGGCCGGUUUUUAGUUUAUUUUCUUAAAGUGGAGCCCCUGCCGUCGAAGGAGCAGGCUGGCGGCGUCUCGCGUGGUGUCCCCGCCCGCGCUCGCCUCACGGGCGAGGCGGGACUGGGCGAGGAGGGGCAUCCCCGUGGGGGGACGGGGAGCGAAGCGUAAAGGUUCGGCCAACAAGUUGGGAGCGGGUCUCAGCUGUCAUGGAGGAGUUGGUAGAGGAUGACAUCUGUAUUUUGAACCAUGAAAAAGCAGACAACAUUCAUAAGAGAGAUGGGGAGAUUCCUGUUUCAUCUUACAGUGGAGAUGAGUCUGUUGCCUCACACUUCGCACUUGUCACUGCAUAUGAAGAUAUCAAGAAACGACUAAAGGAGACAGAGAAGGAGAACUCCCUCUUAAAAAAAAGAGUGAGAAUUUUAGAAGAGAAGCUGCUUGGCUCCCGGCUGGAAGAGGAAUGCAGUUCAGUUGGACGCGAGCAAGUAAAUAAGGCAUACCAAGCCUACCGAGAGGCCUGCAUUGACCGAGACAAUCUGAAAAGCAAACUGGAUAAAAUGGUGAAAGAAAGUGCGGAAUCGUUGAAAACCUUGAAUGAACAGUUACAGUGUAAAGAAGUAGAGCUGUUACAACUGAGAACUGAAGUGGAAACUCAACAAGUGAUGAAAAAUCUGAAUUGUACUCAGUCUAGCUGGGAAAUAGAGAAGCUGAGCAGUGACCUGAAAGUGCAUAGUCUGGAACAGGAUCUAGAGAAGCUCAAGCAAGAGUGCAACAGUCUCAGGAAGGAGUUGCAAAAAUCCAAGCAGAAGGACCAGGCUCAGGAUGAAAAUCCAUUAACUGGAGACCUACUUCAAAGGCAAGACAUCCAGAGUGUACAAGCAGCAUACUGGGAACUGAAGAGAGAAAUGUCUAAUUUGCGUCUGGUGACUGACGUGCAGGCUGAGGUUCUGCGAAAACUGAAAACAAACCCGACGGCGACCCAGAAAGCUGCCUCUACUGCACCAGUACAAUGUGUUGACUUGAACAUUUCAAAGCUGAAUUUGACAUCUGGGGUAGCCUAUAAAAAACUCUCCAAAAAUGAUAAAGUAUUCAGCAACGCGGGGUCUCCCCCUCCGCCGAGAGAUGCAAGAACCCCAUCUGAAAGGGUGAUUCUCCGAGCAUGGACAGAUGAGAGACCCGUUCCACUUGAUGGCAAGACGUUUCAGGAACACCAUUCCUAUGGGAAGAGCUCUCUGGAAGAUAAUUCCUGGGUAUUCCCAAGUCCUCCGAAGCCUAAUGAGAAUGUGUUUUGGGAAAUGAGAAAUAAAACAACUUUGUUAAACUCUCCAGCAGAUUACCUGGAUCGGUGUAAUCAAAACUGUCUGCACAAGAGUUAAACAAUUGUUAGAAUGAACUGAGGCAUUUUUAGAGCGGCACCUUAAUGCCUGAACUUUCGAAGAGGGAAAACAAAUUGCCUGAAAUGUUCGUUCUUUAUUUUUAAUUCUAGUUCCGAAACAGCAAGCCUAGUCUUCCUCUGCUGUAAGUCAGAAACAAGUUCCUUGAAGUUAGAGCUGUGCUGGUAUAAGGGAAAUGCAGAGAAACCUGGCGUGGGGCCUCGAUAGCCUUGUACUGCAAAUGGCGUACAGGUGCAGGAGAUUACACUGAAAAGUGAGUUCUCGGAAUAAAACAGAAUAAUCCA